GCCGGAGGCACACACUCACUUACAGUGCUUCAUGGAUUUGACAUGCAGACAAGCUCGGAUUCAUGUCUCUCCACCUAGACCAGAUCGAGACAGGCCAAAAAGAAGGACCAAAGCAAACACACCUACCCUUUGUCCUCUUUCCGGGAGUGGUGGCUUGCUCCCACGCUCUUUCCCAGCCAACCAGAACACGGCAGUGGCCACCCUUCAAAGUGCCUACCUGCUGGAGUAGGUAGGGCCAACUGUGUGAGGCUCUGCGGGCGCCCUUGGGGCUUGAUGACGUCUGCUCUGAAAGCUUGCCAGUUGUUUUGCCCACGCCAGACCACGUCGCGCUCCGGCCCACAUUACACAAGCCAGACACAGUAAAAGCCCAACAAACCCCCUCAUUCUAUGGGCCUACGGAGACCUCCCCGCCGUCUUUUUCUUUCUUGAUGUUCUUGUCAGGCUGUGUGGUUUCUUUUCUGAGCAAGCUUCGGGUGGUCUCUGCGGUUUGUUGACGGCGUCAAAGCUCCCAAUUUAAAGAGGAGCAACUCACGUACCACGCACAGUACGGCUUGACACCUUGAGGCCACAAGAGAUCCACCGGAUUGAGCAAAGACAGGGAGGUCUCUCUGCAGCAGCCCACUUUUUCCUUCCAUCCUUCUUCUCUGCACUUCUCGGUUGUGCUGUCUUCCGAGGGCCAAUCUUGCGUGGCCUGAUCGGACCUAUCGCCACCCUCCGCCCGUAGCCGGACCCCAAGCCCGCGAGCCCGCCUGCCCGCUCAGUCCCUCUACCCAGCAAGCUACCGUCAGCCUCGCACCCUUACGAAAGCACGCACGCACGGAGCACGGGAGCAGGAGCACGGAGCAGGAGCACGGAGCACAGAGCACAUCCCGGUGAUGCCUUGAGGGUACUGUUGAGGUCAACAUGUCGAUUGUGACCGACCAAGUUCGGCGCGUCGACGCCCAGAUAGACCGUAUUCUUUUGAAUCCGCUGGUAGAUUCAGAAGAUGCCGUGGAGGAGCAGGAGCCGGAAGAUGGCAGCACCGAGAUCGGCGCCCGCAGCGCAGCCGCGGCUGACCUCUCGUCCCCGAGGGUGAACGAGCUACUGCGCAUCGUAAAACGGCUCUCGACGACAUCGGCUACCAUUCUGCCUGCUGCGACUAUCACCGGCCUUCUUCAUCAGUCUGGCCUCGCUGCUGCCGCUGACCGUCCGGACUUCUUUGAGGCUAAGAGCCAAUAUGAGUACGAGGUUGAGUGGCUGCUCGUCAGCAAGGCCACCACGCAGACCUACGGCUUGAUUCUGAACACCUUUCUUGACCAAAUCAUCCCCCUGAGCCAAGACAUCUGGUACUGGGACCAGGUUCUAGGUUCUUACACAUACAGCAGCCUCUACGCUGUCCAGACUUCGCCUGUGCGCUGGUGGAUGUGGGGCAAGGACAUCUAUCAGGAGAGCAAGAUACGUUCGACCUUCUCGCGGCGCACAAGCUUGUUCAGCAGAUCCCCACAAUCCAACAACGACGGCCUGGCCCAGAGAUGGGCCCGUUUCUACUCCAUCGUCCGAGAGACUGUGGUGGACCGGUCCCUCAAAGAUGUGCAACGGAAAAUGUUCUCUACGGUAUCUUUGUGCCGAUCCGAAGCCAAGCAGAAGCAGACGCAUCUCAAGAGGCUGCGCGAGAUGACGGCGACAGGAUUGGGUGUCCUGGUAGACGAGGCUCUCAAUUUUGAGAUUGAUGAUGAAAAGAGCGACGUCCGCGACCACAGCGCCGAGUUCAGGGGCGUCGUGGAGCGAAGCGUCGCCCUGAUGGACCUGGUCCUUCGGGAUGCUUCGAACCUAGAACACCGCGUAUCCGAAUUUGAGGACAAGGUUUUUGCCGGAGUCGAGGAGGACCCUGAUCUGUCAAUCCACGCUGAUGAGAUGGUCAAUAAGACUGCCAUCGUGGCGCGGAGGCUGCUGUCUAUCCUGGAGGAACGCAUCCCUGGGCAUAUUGUAGAGACGAACAAGAUCGUGGCCGCCAACGGCCGUCCUUCGCGUCUCGUCAGGUACUGGCUCCCCACGGGUCUUCUCUUGGUAUCCUCAUCCACGCUCCUCCGCUUCCUGGUCAACCGCAAAGCCGACAUCAUCGACUGGGUCCGUGACCUCGGCGUGACAACACGUGACUUCUGGUUCAACUGGGUGGUCGAGCCCGUUCGCAAGAUUAUUGGCACGGUCCGGCGCGAUUCCCAAUCCGAGAUUGCUAUCAUGAGCCGCGACAGCUUGAAGGCCGACCGCGAGAGCUUGGAGCGGAUGGUUGUGGAAUUUGCUACGGACAAGCCCAGCUUCGCUGAAUCCUCCUCUCCCCUGACCGAGACACAGAUUGCCGAGAUCCGCGACAAGGUCAAGGAGGGCGACGUUACUCCAGUCCUCAAGGCAUACGAGAGAGACCUGCGCAAGCCCUUUGUCGGGGCUGUCAAGGGUGAUCUGGUCCGGAGUCUCCUGAUCCAGGUCCAGAAGACCAAGGUCGACCUGGAAGUUGCCAUCAGCGGGAUCGACGCCCUUCUCAAGUCGCAGGAGCUCGUCUUCGGGCUGGUGGGGCUGACGCCCGGCAUACUCGUCUCCUUCACGGUGCUCUCAUACCUGCGCGGGGUGCUCCUCAGCAACCGCAGGGGUGUACGGCAGCAGGGCGAGCGGGUAGGCCGGUGCGUGAGGACGCUGCGCAACAUCGACCGCAUCUUCACCGAGGCGACCCCCGUCAACGGCAUCCUGGGUUACAAGGACCACGGCCUGCUGGUCACGGAGGUGCACAUACUGCGGAACCUGGUGCGGAGUGGGAGGCUCAUGCCUCGUGAGGUUGAGAGCGAGUUCCUCGAGGACCUCGAGGAUGUAGCCAACGGCAAGGGAAUCCAGAUCCAGGUAAGGGCGCUGGACAGGAUCCGCUGGGCUUAUGCCAGGUGGUUACGCGCCAAUUAAACACAGCACGGAAGGGCAAGCUGUUAUUGUUGCCCUUGGUGGGCUGAGGGUGUAUUGGUUGCUGAGGGGGGUGUCAUGGGAAUACGUAGUGAACGGUCACAAUACAUAACAAUGAAAUUCU